AUGUCGGACCCUCGCAUGAGCGACAAGGAGCUCUUUGACCUCAACGCUCAAGCUGCUACCAAGAACUACAGCGUCGACCCUCGUCUCGACUACCGCACUGUAUCCGCUAUCAACGGUCCCCUGGUCGUCCUCGAAAAUGUCAAGUUCCCUUCCUACAACGAGAUUGUCUCGCUCACCCUCCCCGACGGCUCUCGCCGUGGUGGUCAGGUGCUCGAAGUCUCUGGCAACAAGGCCAUCGUCCAGGUCUUCGAGGGUACUUCUGGCAUUGACGUCCGCGACACCCACAUCGAGUUCACCGGCUCGUCCAUGAAGCUGCCCGUAUCCGAAGACAUGCAAGGUCGAAUCUUCAAUGGUUCGGGUGCGCCCAUCGACAAGGGACCUCGAGUGUUCGCCGAAGACUACCUCGACAUCAACGGCUCGCCCAUCAACCCCUUCUCCCGCGUCUACCCCGAGGAAAUGAUCCAAACGGGUAUCUCGACCAUCGACACGAUGAACUCGAUCGCCCGAGGUCAAAAGAUCCCCAUCUUCUCCGCCGCCGGUCUGCCGCACAACGAGAUCGCCGCGCAGAUCUGUCGUCAGGCCGGUCUGGUCAAGCGACCCGGCGCCGGCAAGGGCGUGCACGACGACCACGAGGACAACUUCUCCAUCGUCUUUGGUGCUAUGGGUGUCAACAUGGAGACGGCACGCUUCUUCAAGCAGGACUUUGAGGAGAACGGAUCGCUGGAUCGUGUCACCCUCUUCCUCAACUUGGCCAACGAUCCGACGAUCGAGCGAAUCAUCACCCCGCGUCUGGCGCUGACGACGGCCGAGUACUACGCGUACCAGCUGGAGAAGCACGUGCUCGUCGUUCUCACCGACAUGACGUCGUACGCUGAUGCGCUGCGUGAAGUCUCCGCUGCGCGAGAAGAGGUUCCCGGUCGUCGUGGUUAUCCUGGUUACAUGUACACGGAUUUGUCGACCAUCUACGAGCGAGCUGGUCGAGUUGCGGGCCGCAACGGCUCCAUUACGCAGAUUCCAAUUCUGACCAUGCCCAACGAGGACAUGACGCACCCCAUCCCCGAUUUGACCGGAUACAUCACCGAGGGCCAGAUCUACGUCGAUCGUCAGCUGCACAAUCGACAGAUCUACCCGCCUAUCAACGUGCUCCCCUCGUUGUCGCGACUGAUGAAGUCCGCCAUUGGCGCCAAGCACACGCGUGGCGAUCACUCCGAUGUGUCGAACCAGAUGUACGCCGCUUACGCCACCGGAAGGGAUGCUGCGGCGAUGAAGGCCGUCGUCGGUGAAGAAGCCCUCAGCAGCGAAGACAAACUCGCCAUUGAAUUCAUGGAGAACUUCGAGAACAAGUUCAUCAAACAGGGCGCUUAUGAGAAGAGACACAUCUUCGACUCGUUGGAUAUCGGGUGGGAUCUGUUGAGGAUUUUCCCCAAGGAGCAGUUGAACCGCAUCUCGCCCAAGGUGAUCAAGGAGUACUACUCGAGGCGCGCCAAGAAGGAGGGUAAGGAGGAGGAGGAGGGCAAGGGGAACAAGGAUACGAGGGACAACAGCGAGGAUAAGAAGAAGGACGAUAAGAAGGAUGACAAGAAGAAGGAUGAUAAGCUCGUGGAUGACGAGUAG